AUGAUGUUCCCUAGUUUAAUAGCUCCUCCAGCCGUGUAUCCCAGCCUCCUGCGGCCCACUCCUACUUUAACGCUGCCGCAGACUUUGCAAACGGCAUUUUCUAGUCAUUCCAGCUUCUUGGUGGAAGAUCUGAUCAGGAUCAGCAGGCCGGCCAGCUACCUACCCCGGACCGUCCCCCCGCCCAGCCUUUCCCCUCCAACUUCAGGAACCACCACAGCCAUGACAGACACGGUGGCAUCAGACCUUGUCAGCUCCUCCACCUCCGGCAGCCGCCGAGGGUGUUCCCCUCAAACUUCCGUCUCCUCCGCUAAUGAGUCCACCUUUCUGAAGUUUGGAGUCAACGCCAUCCUGUCCUCUUCUCCCAGGACAGAAACGUCUCCCGCUUUGCUUCAGAGGGUGCCUCCCAAGACUUUCUCUUUUCCCUAUUUUGAGGGAUCCUUCCAGCCUUUUAUUAGAUCUUCUUACUUUCCAGCCUCGUCCUCUGUGGUACCCAUCCCGGGCACCUUCUCCUGGCCGCUAGCUGCGCGGGGAAAACCCCGCCGCGGGAUGCUCCGCCGGGCAGUCUUCUCGGACGUGCAGCGCAAAGCGCUCGAGAAGAUGUUUCAGAAACAGAAGUACAUCAGCAAACCCGACCGGAAAAAGCUGGCGGCCAAGCUGGGGCUGAAAGACUCCCAGGUGAAAAUCUGGUUCCAAAACCGGAGGAUGAAAUGGCGAAACUCAAAGGAGCGGGAACUCCUGUCCAACGGGGGAUGCCGGGAACAGACCUUACCCACCAAACUCAACCCCCACCCCGACCUCAGCGACGUGGGCAAGAAAUGUCCAGGGGAUGAGGAGGAGGAGGAAGAAGAAGAGGAGGAGGAGGAGGAGGAGGCCUCACGCCUGCGCCCGGCCAGCCCCCGCCUCCCCCUUGCCUUCUUCCCUUCCCCAGAGCACAGGCACCGGCGGGACAGACUGGACACCCAGAUGCCUCCUUCUCCAUCCCACUCUAGCAGCCCCAGCAAACCAUCGGACUUCUCAGACUCUGAGGAAGAGGAGGAGGACGAGGGCGAGGAGGAAGAGAUCACCGUUUCUUAG